AUGAGCGGACGGGUCGGCGGUCGCCAGGCAAUGUCGGAGCUCAAGCUGCGGAGGAUAGUCGAGCAUAACCAGCGGUUGAGGGAGGAUUUGGCACGGCCAAGGGUACGGGUCAGCGAGGCGAGCGCAAGUCUUAUCCGGUAUUGCAAAACGACAAAGGACCAUCUUGUCCCGUCAGUUUGGGGGCCAGUUGGGCGGGCGGAGGAUCCAUACGGCGCGCAGACGAAAGGGUGCCAAUGCUCAGUCCAGUGA